GCGUUCCCGAGGCCGGAAGCGCCUCGGUGCGCGCGCUCUCGCGCUUCCAGGCGUCCCCGAGGUUCCCCAGGCCUGGACGCUGUCGCGCUCUCGCGCUCGCGUUCACGCUCGUUCCCGGGUUCCCCGGCCACGAGAGAUCCGAGGAGGCUGCGCGCGUGCGCUGCCGGUCCAGGUCCCCACCCCCAGGCGCUGGUGCAUCGCAGCCAUGUGCUCCUUAGCGUCGGGCGCUACCGGCGGCCGGGGCGCUGUGGAGGAGGAGGAGGACCUGCCCGAGCUGUCAGACAGCGGUGACGAGGCCGCCUGGGAAGAUGAGGACGAUGCCGAUCCCUCCCACGAGAAGCAGCAGACCCCCUGCCUGUUCUGUGACAGGUUAUUUACAUCUGCCGAAGAAACGUUUUCACACUGUAAGUCUGAGCAUCAGUUUAAUAUUGGUAACAUGGUUCAUAAACAUGGACUUGAAUUUUAUGGAUACAUUAAACUAAUAAAUUUUAUUAGACUUAAGAAUCCUACGGUUGAAUAUAUGAAUUCCAUAUACAACCCGGUGCCUUGGGAGAAAGAAGAAUAUUUAAAACCAGUAUUAGAAGAUGACCUUUUACUUCAGUUUGAUGUAGAAGAUCUUUAUGAACCAGUAUCAGUCCCUUUCUCGUAUCCCAAUGGACUCGAUGAAAAUACAUCUGUUGUUGAAAAGUUGAAACAUAUGGAAGCCAGGGCACUGUCUGCUGAAGCUGCGUUAGCUGGAGCACGUGAGGAUCUGCAAAGAAUGAAACAAUUUGCUCAGGAUUUUGUGAUGAACGCAGAUGUCAGACCCUGCUCGUCAUCUACUACUGCCAUUGCAGACCUCCAGGAGGAUGAGGAUGGUGUUUAUUUCAGCUCAUACGGGCAUUAUGGGAUACAUGAAGAAAUGCUAAAGGACAAAGUACGAACAGAAAGUUACCGAGAUUUUAUAUAUCAAAAUGCACAUAUCUUCAAAGACAAGGUAGUUUUGGAUGUUGGUUGUGGAACUGGAAUUCUCUCUAUGUUUGCUGCGAAAGCUGGAGCAAAGAUGGUUCUUGGCGUUGAUCAGUCUGAAAUACUUUACCAAGCAAUGGAUAUCAUAAGACUAAAUAAACUUGAAGAUACUGUUACUCUAAUUAAAGGAAAAAUUGAAGAAGUCCGUCUUCCUGUAGAAAAAGUGGAUGUUAUUAUAUCCGAGUGGAUGGGCUAUUUUCUUCUUUUUGAGUCUAUGUUAGAUUCUGUCCUUUAUGCAAAGAACAAAUAUUUGGCAAAAGGAGGAUCGGUCUACCCUGAUGUUUGCACCAUUAGCCUUGUGGCAGUAAGUGACGUGAACAAACAUGCUGAUAGGAUUGCUUUUUGGGAUGACGUUUAUGGCUUCAACAUGUCCUGCAUGAAGAAAGCAGUUAUUCCAGAAGCUGUUGUGGAAGUUUUAGAUCCAAAGACUCUUAUUUCAGACCCCUCUACUAUUAAGCAUAUAGAUUGCCAUACAACAUCUGUCUCAGAUUUGGAGUUUUCUUCAGAUUUCACCCUGAAAAUCACCAAAACAUCUUUGUGCACGGCAAUUGCAGGCUACUUCGAUAUAUAUUUUGAGAAGAACUGCCACAACAAGGUUGUGUUCUCUACGGGCCCCCAAAGUGCCACAACACACUGGAAACAGACAGUAUUUCUAUUGGAAAAGCCAUUCUCAGUUAAAGCAGGUGAAGGCUUGAAAGGAAAGAUUACAGUGCACAAGAAUAAGAAAGAUCCACGUUCUCUCAUUGUGACCCUCACAUUGAAUAAUUCAACUCAGACUUACGGUCUCCAGUGAAAAGGCCAAAAAAGCCCAACUAAUUUGCUGUUUUUAUUGUGGGGGAGGGGUGAGUAGGGACUGAGGGUGUGGUGAUGACAGAUCCUUUCUGAGUCUCCUCACUUUUCGAGGAGAAUGGUAGGAAUCUGGUAAUUCAUCUCAGGAAGGGACUGGUUGAUCCUAGUGAUCCACCCACAUGACCACGUUUUUGGAGGUCUAAUCAGUGAGUUUUAGCCAAACGUAACCUCUACAUUGAGUUUAGCUGCAUUAAAAAUCAUUUAAAUUGGCCUGAAUUUGAAAUAGAGACUCUUUUGUUGUUUUUAAUAAGUUUCUUACUAUAAAUUUUAAGAACUAGUAACUGAUUACUUAUUUGGAUAAUGUUUUAUUAAACUAGUAACUGUACACAAGGUAUUACAUGUCUUAUUGCAGAUUUCCUUUCUGUAUUUGCUACAUGUCAGGAUAUAAUACAUUAAAAGAGCAAGUGUAAGGGACUGAAAUAUGGAAAAGAGACCACACAAACCAUAUUUGCAGACAGCUUAGUUGAUUGUCCUAUAGUUCUGUUCUCAUUUUGUAGCUUCUUCUCUCUGUAAAUAUUUGCUAUAUAGUUUUCUAGUAUUGCCCAAGAAAUAUAGUUUCAAUACAUUUGCCUUAGGUUUCAUAAAAGUUUUUGAAAAUUGGGAUAAAGAUGAACUUGUUUACGAAAACCUUUUUUAAACUAGAUUUAUGUGCAAAGUUAAGCUUAUAACUGUUAAUAUACUUAUAUCACUCUAUACAGUUGUGUCAUUUACAGUUAUUGACUGUUUGAAAUGCAAAACAAAACAUUCAAUAAAAUGGAGAUACAACAGCCAUUAAUAUUAUAAAAUGACAUUUCAGCAUAUUUAAAGUCUUUAUAAAAUCAGAAGCAUUUAAAGCAAGUCUUAAUCAUUUUGAAGAUAAUGGGGAUUUUAAGGAGAGGUGGGUGGCAUGCUUUUCAGUUUAACAGCAGGUUCUUUUUUGAAAUAAGAAUUACACAAAGCAGCCUAGCAGAGAGUUGAGAAGCAUAAGCUCUGGAGUCAUUUCAAGCCUUGACUGCAGCUCUUCUUGCUGUGUGGUCUUGGGUUCAUUAACCUCUCUCUCCUUCCAUGAACGUGCCAGUUCAUAAGCUAUUUCAACUACUUAUACCAGUGCCUGGCACAUAGAAAACAGUGCAGGCUAAGUGAUAUUUUCCUCAUCAUCAUAUAGUCAAGAACCCUGUCCAGAGUAUAUGGCAUCUACAUUAGAUCAGUUUGAGAAUUGUCAGCCUCAUCGAAUAUUACCCUAGUAUGUGAGAGAGUGGGAAGUUUACAAUUAAAGUUAAUAGGUAAUGUAGCAAAAACUAUGUCAAAAAGAAACUGUCUUUUGGUCUCGAUUAGGAAACUGGACUUGCUAUAAGUACAGUUGUCUAAUCGAGACCAAAAGACAGUUACUUCCCACUUUCUCUUCAAAUGGUGAUGUUUCAGACCUUAGUCUUCCUUCCUAACCUGAUGUCUCUUUUCACUGGGCUAAACUAGCCAGCUAGUUUUCUCCAUGAUUUGAAUUCAGAUUUUUACUGGAAAUGGGUGGUGCUAAUAGUACAGCUCAAAGUACUGUAAAUUUGUGCCUGAAAUGGCAUCGUGUGCAAAUUUGAGUAGGGUGAGGAGGUAAAACAAAAAUAAGCCCAUCAGAAGAUUUAAUAGAUUUUUAAAGUAACCAGAAAACAUCUAAUUUUUUCUUUUGUUUUUCUUUCUUAUAAGUGUUUAAGUCUUUUUUUUCUUUUUUAUUAGGGCUACACCCACAGCAUAUGGAAGUUCCUAAGCUAGGGGUCAAAUUGGAGCUGUAGCUGCCAGCUUAAGUAUGCCACAGCCACAGCAACGAGGGACCCCAGCUGCAUCUGCGACCUACACCACAGCUCUCGGCAACUUUGGAUCCUUAACCCACUGAGCAACGCCAGGGAUCCAGCCCACGUCCUCAUGGAAACUAGUCAGGUUUGUUAACCGCUGAGCCACAAAAGUAUCUCCAACAAAUAUUUUCUAAUUGAAAAGUACUUCUCAAAAAUGAUUUCUUUUUAAAAUUCUCGUUUGAUUUUUCAGGGGAUUUUUCACCCAGAGGUGCUUUUGAUUUUCUUUUCUUGGUUAUAACUAUCCCAACCAUAGUUGGUGGAUCUCUCUGUUCUUUUCAUUUAGCCUUCUCAGGCUGGAACAUUUUUACUUGUGUACCUAAGCAUUUUAUGAGAUGUGAGAGUAGCCAAAUGUUAGCUCUUCUGUUGUAACUUUGGCCAUUACGCCUGUGGAAAAUAAGUACUUCAUAGCCCUUGUCCCUGAUAAAUACAACGUUCUUUUGUGCUAUGGCAGAUGGGCAUUUAUGGAUAGCAGUUUGCUCUGUCUCAAGGAUUUUUAUUUCCAUUAAGAAAAUACAUUUUUCUCCAACUUUCCUUUGUGAAAACUAACAUUAUAGUGUUAUAAUGUAUGAGGCUCAUCCAAGUAUAAUAAUCAUCUCUGUUUGGUAUAGAGCAGUAUUUUCUAAACAGAGCAUUUUGGAAGGAGUGUUCCAUGAAAAUAGAGUGUACAUUGUUGCACAUGUAGGGUGGUUCAUUAAGUAGCUGCAACUGCUGGGAACACACUUUAAAAUGAAUCAGGGAGCUGUCAUGUCAUUUUGAAAUAAUUCCUAUUUGGGGAGGAGGGAGGUAACUCUGGUCCUAUAGAGUUAUUUGCUUUCUUAUCACUUAAUCUAGGUUAACCAGUCUGGUCCACCUGUGUAUUUCAGCAUUUUACCUCUCUCACUUCCUAAAAUGGAAUAUUUAAAAUGUAUUGUGUGGAGUUACAGAUUUGAAUUCAGCCUAUACUAAUCUCACCAAUCGAGCUAUCAAAUAGAAGACAUAAGGUAACAGUACUGCUAGGGGCAUUCAACAGGAAACACUGAAACGUGACACCACUCCGCUGUUUAAUAAGCUGCUGGGACAUUGCAUACCCCAAACAUCCAAGUGUUCAGGUCUUUUGUGUAGCAGAAUAGCACAAAGGUUAUAUCAAGUGUGCAGUACUGUCAGGGAGUUUCAAUCUAUUAUGAAAGGCAAGAUAAGAUAGCUGAAGUCAAGUAUUGUCUACUGCACUGUCGGUAAACUACAGUCUAGGGCCCAGUCCACCCUAUUGCUCGUUCUGGUAAAUAAAACAUUAUUGAAACAGAGAUAGGCAAAAUUAUAGGUAGAUAUUUCUUCAUAUGUUUCAUUACAGCCAUGGUAAAGAAGAUAGACAUAAUAGAACACUAGAUGAUCUUUGGAGCUAAGCAACCAGAAGCUCGCCACUUAGGAAGACUUAGAGAAUUAACCAAGGCUUACCCUAAAUUUCUUUUUAAAGUUACAGUAUUAACAUUCCUGUCUCAAACUGCUCCAUUUAUUGUCCUGUGUAAAGGGAAGCGGUAAGCUGAAACUGUGUACCUGAUCAUCCACUUCAUUUAGAAACCUUUACAUAAAAGACCACAGAAAUGGCCAAAUAGAACUUUUCAGAGUUAGAGGUGAUUGAACCCUACCCAUAAGCUACAAACUAACUCAGCUGAUGAAUUGACUUCUGAGCCUAAAAGAAAGAAUUUGCAUGAAACUUAACCUCCUGGACUGGGGGCCCAAAAGUAACUGCUAACAUUAGAAAAUACAGCUGGGGCCUUCUAUCAGCAGUUCUCAACAUGCCUUGAGGCUUCCCAGUGCCUUCCUGACUUGGUUUUAGCCUGGAAUGUGGCACUCUUAUCCUACUAAUCCACGAGGUACCAUGAAAAGGUAUAAAAUCCCGGCCCAGCUGUCGGAGGAGGUCGUGUUGCUGUUUGAGGCUAUGCAUUUUUAAUGGUUCUAUGUCUGUUUCCAGCCCAAAAGCUAGGAUAAACUUUUCUAAGCAGAAAAACCUGCCAAAGAAGUUUUUGUAUAUUGCCUCAACCUCUUGGCCAGUGUAGAGGACUUAGCAUUCAUUUACAUCUAGAGUAUAGCUAAAUGUAUAUAAAACUUGUCUAUCACUGAAUUACUCUUUAAAAUGAAGAUACCAAUAGUCUAGCAAAUAGUAAAAGAGGCUGAAAUUAAGUAGAUUAUAUUCACUUUAUGGACUAAAAAUCAUUAUCAAAUUAGAAUUUUGGAAAACAAGUAUCCACCACCAUGAGCUUGAGGGCUUCCCAGUUCUUCAAGACUGAGGCUGGGGUAUAGGGGAGGAAGAUCUCUUUUUCCUCUACCCUUUUUUAAUUUCUUGACUGAGACCUCUUUAACAAGAGGAAAGCAUACAAAUUUUUGUAGGUUUUACACGACACAUGAGCCGUCAUAAGGAAAUAAAUGAAGACCUGAAGAAACAGUGAAACUUGAAUGUUUUUGUGUAAGUUUUGAAGAGUGGAAAGUCUUGGGAAGAUGAGAUAGGACAGAGAUGACCCAAGUUUAAUAAACAGGGAAACAGCAAGCCCUGUUGGUUCCGAUUCCUCUCUGUGUGCCUUCGUUGUUAGAGAUGGGUGCUCUUUUCCUCUGGGUACAGGGAGGGCACCUCUCACAGGAGGGUUUUAUGACCUGCUUCCAGGGAGAGUCAGAAAGUCCUUCCUGAAGGUAAGCGAAAUCCUAAGAACGAAUCAAAGUUUAUUCUAACAGCCUUUGAAGAACACUGUGGGUUUACCUGUUUACUGAGAAGCAGUGGGUCAUAAGCAGACUGACAAAGCAGAAGAAAAAAGGAAGAAAAAAAUCUUCACAUUGCCAUUUCUCAGAUUUUUGCAGCUUGAAAUAUUCACUAAACCAAGGUGCCAUAUUUUGGGGUAGCAUGUUUUGAACCUAGAUGUGGUAUAAUAGCUGAUUUUCGAUACCACGCAGUGAAACAUGUCAACGUUUGGAAGAUCUGCACGAUUCGAUGAACUAAUAUUCCCGCAACCCCCUCACCCCACCGUAAGGCUGUAUUUUCUUCAUGUGCCUCAACCAAAACAACGUAUCAUAGAAGACUGAAUACAGAAGCCGCUAUGAUAAUCCAGCUGUGUUAUUCUAAACCAGAUAAUAGGCAUUUGUAAACGUAAUAAACAACACCACUCUUGUCAAUAUAUUGUCUGGAAAAAUAGUUAUUUUCAUAAAAAAUAUUUCUGUUAA